AUGCAGCCAGCAGCCUCAUCCCAAAUUCGUGAUCCCUGGAGGACAUCAGAUCCCCUCUCCUACUGCAAUGUGGCCUCGGCUCCCCUCCUGCUCAGAGGCCAGGGGAUGACUUCACUGGACAGGGGCGGGACCUGGAGCACUAUCCAAUCAGAGCCGCCGGGCGGGGCCGUGAGAACUGUCAAUCAGGCGCCUAGUCGGCUGGAGGAUGCGAGCUUGAAAAAAGCCCGCGGCGUCUUCUCUGCCUGCUGCGCUUGGCUCUCUGCUCGGUCGCGCUGGGAGCUGUACUGGCAGCGGGAGGUAGAGUUAGGAACGGGACACCGCGAAAGCCGGGAAAUGGACUCAAUGAUCUUUGAGGAUGUGGCUGUGAACUUCACCCAGGAGGAGUGGGCUUUGCUGGAUCCUUCACAGAAGAAUCUCUACAGAGAUGUGAUGCGGGAAAUCAUCAGGAACCUAAUGUCUGUAGGAAUAAAAUGGGAAGACCGGAAUUUUGAAGAUCAGUACAAAAAUUCUGGGAGAAAUCCAAGAAAUCAUAUGGCAGAGAGACUCUGUGAAUGUAAAGAUGGUCAAUAUGGAGAAACUUUCAGCCUGAUUCCAGAUGGUAUAAUGAACAAGAAGACUCUUCCUGGGGUAAAACCAUGUGAAAACAAUGUGUGUGGAGAAGGCAACAUGGAUCAUUCAUCUCUGAAUUGCUACAUCAGAGCUGACACUGGACACAAACCAUAUGAGUGUCAGGAACAUGGAGAGAAGCCACAUAAAUGGAAGCAGUGUGUAAAAACCUUCAGCUGCCUCCCUUCCUUCCAAACACAUGAAAAGCCUGACAGUGGAGAGAAACCCUAUGAUUGCAAGGAAUGGGAAAAAACCUUCGUUUGUCUCCAAACUGUUCAAAGAUACAGGGUAAUGCACAGUGGAGAUGGACCUUAUAAAUGUAAGUUUUGUGGGAAAGGCUUUGAUAAUCUCAGUUUAUAUCUCACACAUGAAAGAUCUCAUACUGGACAGAAGCCAUAUGAAUGUAAUGAAUGUGGGAAAGCCUUUGGUCUUCCCAGCUCCUUUCAUAGACAUGAAAGAACACACACCGGGGAGAAACCAUAUGAAUGUAAGCAAUGUGGGAAAGCCUUUCGUUGUUCUAGUUCCAUUAAAAAACAUGAAAGAAUCCACUCUGGAGAGAAGCCCUAUGAAUGCAAGCAAUGUGGGAAAGCCUUCGCUUCUUCCAGUUCCUUUCAAUACCAUGAAAGGACUCACACUGGAGAGAAACCCUAUGAAUGUAAGCAAUGUGGGAAAGCCUUUAAUUGUUCUAGUUCCAUUAGAAAACAUGCAAGAAUUCACACUGGAGAGAAACCCUAUAUGUGUAAACAAUGUGGUAAAGCUUUUAGAUUUCCCAGUUCUAUUAAAAAUCAUAAAAAGACUCACACUGGAGAGAAACCCUAUGAAUGUCAGGAAUGUGGGAAAGCCUUCAGAUAUUCCAGUUCACUUCGAGUACAUAAAAGAAUUCACACUGGAGAGAAGCCAUAUGAAUGUGAGGACUGUGGGAAAGCCUUCAGUCAUCCCACGACCUUUCACAGGCAUAAAAUUACCCACACUGCAGAGAAACCUUAUGAAUGUCAGGCAUGUGGGAAAGCCUUCCGUUAUCCCGUUGCUUUUUGUAGACAUAAAAUUACCCAUGCUGCGGAGAAACUUUGA